UCGCUGGCCACUCCCAUCAUCACUAUCUUGAGGAUUGGGACUGGUCAACUGCCAAUCUGCGAGUUGUUCUUGUGGAAUUUUAAUUCGUUGCAUGACAUCAUCUUGUGGUUUGUGCGGUUGACCAAAGUUGCGUAACUAUCAAGUGAAUGUGGGUUAUGUCCCGUGGUUUAUCUAACACAACAUAAGACCCAGCCCAACUACAACGAAUUACGUGGGCGAAAUAUGUCACAUGACAUUGCUUCUGCACUGUGAUUGGUCAUUACCGAUUUCGGUAAUGAGAACAACUCGCAGAUUGGCAGUUGACCAGUCCCAAUCCUCAAGAUAGUGAUGAUGGGAGUGGCCAGCGAGUCUAGGCAUAACAAUGGCUAGUCGUGAGCAAGGAACUAUAGAGCAAGCUUCCCUUCAUGAAACUCCUGCACCAGAUGCCAGCAGAGAUGCCACUGAAGCCACACCACUCGUGACAAGUAAUCACGGGAAAUAUGGCAAGAAUAAAAGUGUGCUGAUCAAGUCAAAGGCUGCAAUAAUGAUUCUUAUUUGGACUGCCUUAAUGUCUUUCAUCUAUGGUGGUUUUCUUAACCCUGAAAAUUAUUUCGCAUGCUCCACUUACCUAUUGAUGUUAAUACCUAUUUCAUUUACCAGUGAGAUGAUGAAUAGUUGUAUUUAUGCUGUAUUUGCUUUCUGGCUCCUCUUUUAUCCUCUAGCCGGAUACUUGGCAGAUGUUCGAUAUGGUAGAUAUAAAGUUGUGAGAUGUAGUGUUUGUACUAUGUGGUGUGUACUCUUGACAGUGGUUGUUAUCGGUGUCAUUGUGAAUGCCAUUGUUGUACCAAUCAUGAUUACAAAUCAGAGUUACUUUGUUAGUGCCGUAUCUAUUUUACUAAUAGUGGUGAAUUGUGCACUUGCACUUUUUCUACUCAUCUCGUUGUUGGUUGUGUUUGCUGGAUUUUUAGCAAACGUUAUUCAGUUUGGAGUUGACCAAUUAAAUGAGUCUCCUUCUAAAGACAGCUUUCUUUUCAUUCACUGGUUUUUCUUCACACUCUAUAUUGGAGUAAGCCUGGGGAAACUGAUAUGGAGUGCAACGUUUGCCGCUAAUAAUGUAUUAGGCCUUUCUAUUUUUGGACUUGUCAUGUUAGUUGUGCUAAUUUGUGUACCAGUAACUUUUUGUGUUGCUAAGCGCAGAUGGUUUGUUAUUGAGACUGGCAUUGGUAACCCUUACAAAGAGGUUGCAAGAGUUGUUGGCUUUGCAAAAAGAAACUAUUCAACGCAGUGCCUUUACAUUCUGGGAGGAUGACAUACCCACCGGACUGGAUCUAGGCAAGGACAAGUAUGGAGGACCAUUCACUACCGAGCAGGUGGAGAAUGUGAAAUCGUUUUUUGGAAUUGUUAUCAUUAUACUUUCAAUUGGACCAUUCUUUACAGCUGAUAUUGCUGCAUCACCUUUUCUUAUUAUACUGACGAAUCACAUGGAGGUGGAAGAUCCCUAUUACCUACCUGAUAAUAUGGUAAGAUACAUUUUUUACUCGAUCUUCGCUAAUGGUGGCACACUGUACCCUGUCUUUAUUGUUGUUUUUGUUCCCAUUUUUCUUAAAUUUAUUCAUCCUCUGUUUCGAAAGUAUUUUUCUGGUAUUCUGAGGCGAAUUGGAAUUGGUCUUUGUCUUGUCACUGUUAGUCUGUUUUGUUCACUAUUUGUUGACACCAUUGGUCACCUUCUUCCUAGUGGCCAUAAUGCCACUUCUGUGUUUGCUCCUGAACAGGUCAACAAUAAUGGUCGUGGCCUAUUUGUUGUUAAUCAAUCCCUUAAUCUUAGCCCCUACAUUCUCAUUAUUCAACAAGUCUUUGUUGCUGUGGCCUAUGUCUUUAUCUAUGGUGGAGUGUUUGAAUUCAUCUGUGCUCAAAGCCCUCACUCUAUGAAAGGAUUUCUCUUUGGAAUUUUGUUUUCCAUUAAAGGACUUUUUCAAUUGAUUGGUGUUCUUGGGAUUCUUAUACCAUUCAGUUUCUGGCAGGACUCCCCUAGAGCUGGACUGGUUUAUUUCCUGGUGAACAUUGUAAUCUCAGUCGCAGGUGUUGUGGUUUUCAUAGUGGCAGCAAAGAUCGAGGUAUCAGUAUCGACAACGUGAUGAACUUUGUAAUAUAAGAAAGUACAUUGAAGAAGUCUACGAGAAGGAUGUAAAUCACAAUUGUGAAUUUGAAGAUCUAGAUGUUCAUUUUGAGAGUGAUUCUGACUCAGAGACCCAUGUAUAGUGAUAUACAGAUAGUUAGGUAGUCAUGUUUGGUUUGCAUUUGAGUGAAGACUUGAUGAUUAUGCCUCGGUUACGCAUGUGCAGCGAGAUAUAUGCUGCACCUUUUCUUAGUACACUGAAAUAUGAAAGCGGAGACUUUUUGUAGUUCAAAAAACAUUUUUUACUCCAUGUUCCUAAUGGUUUAUACCACUUCGUUUUGGUUCCUCAAGUUGCAUAACCUUACUAAGAUUUACCACUAUUGUGGUUAACGAGCUAGGGUCUGUAAUAGGCUCAAAGCCUUUCUAGACAGACCCCCCGGGACCUCGGCUUUACAUCCCAUCCGUCAGGGUGCAGUGGUAAACACCUACUCAUUAUUUUAGGGCAGAGCUGAGUCGACUCAUGAGAAAUAUCUCGGUUUUGGUGAACGCAAGCCUAACUUGACCAUAAACAGAAAACUUUUCUGCUACUGAUGGGACUCAAACUCGAAGUUUAUGUUUUUAUUCAUCCUCUAUUUCAAAAGUCUUCCCUGGUAUUCUGAGGAGAAUUGGAAUUGGUUUUUGUAUUAUCACUGUUAGUCUGUUUUGCUCACUUUUGUCGACACAAUUGGGCACAUUUUCCAUAGUGGCCAUAAUGCUAUACUUCUGUACUUGCUCCUCAGUUGAAUUUUAACAAUAAUACUUGCUGAUGAAUCCCUUCAUCUCAGCCCAAACAUUCAGCAAAUCCUUGUUGCUGUGGCCAUUGUAUUUAUCACUACUGCAUGAGCAGGUGGAGAGUGUGAAGUCAUUUUUUGGUCAUUUUACUUUCAAUUGGACCUUUCUUUACGGCUGAUAUUGUUGCAGUACCUUUUCUCAAUAUACUGGGGAGUCACAUGGAGGCAGAAGAUCCCCUUUUCUUACCUGAUAUAAUAGGUUCAGAUACGUUUUUUACUCGAGCUGUAUAGUGUUUGAAUUCAUCUGUACUCAAAGCCCUCACUCUAUAAAAGGAUUUCUCUUUGGAAUUUUGUUUUCCAUUAAAGGAUUUUUUCAAUUGAAUGUAUUUUUGUACCGUUUAGUUCUGGCAAGACUCUCCUUGAGCCGGCAUAUAAUACAUGUAGUUAAUCCUCACAGAGGGUGUCAUGCAGAAUUUUGAAGUAAGGCGGGAAUUAAAUAUUGGGCACCGCCAAAUAAUAAUAGGGAACAUUAAUUGUGUGUUAAUUAGGUGGCCUGAUUAGGUGGCCUGAGGUAGGUUUUGGGAUUACCUUUGCAUUACAUAUAUUUAGGGGGGGGUAUAUAUCCCCCUCCUCCCCUCUGGUAUUGCAGUUAUAUUAUGUGUAUUGUAAGCCGUGUACUGAGCCUGUUGUUAAUCUGCUAUCUAGUGCUAAAAUGUAUGUAUGAUGCUAACAAAUGCAAUUUACAUGUAUGCAAGCAGCUGCCAUGUCGCACAACUAUUUGAGGCCUAUUGAAAUCGCGGUGUUAUUGAGGAAAUUAAUUAAUCAUAAAUUUCGUAGCCUUAAAAUUAGUCAAAAUGCGCAUUAAUCUAGCUCUACAUUGUUCAAUAAUCCCUCCCACUUUCUCCUUGACCAUGUGCUCCUGCUACAACUCAUAUACAGUGUAUUGUACAGUCAUGUACAUGCAUGCAGUUCACAUUACCUGUAUACUCUCCGGUGUGUGCACGUGGGCGUAUCAUUGCUUU